GAUUUACGGUUAAAACUCUUCUUCCCUCUCUCCGGCGCUUCUCGUCGGAAAUCUGGGUUUUAGUUUCUUCUGCAGAUCGGAAGAGAUUCUAUUGACGCGGCGUUGACUCGAUUUUCAUCUAUAAUCGUGCGAUAAUGAAACAGAAGGGCCAGCAUAAGAAGAAGAAGAAGCGAUCCUGCGCCGCGAAACCUUCCGGUGAUGGAACGGCGUCGGACGGGAACAAAAAAGAUGUGGAGGAAGAGAGGAAAGACGGUGAAGGUACGGAGGAGUUAGAAAAAGUUGAAAAAAAAAUUAUCGAAUCGUUAAUGGAAGCCUUUUGCUCGGUUUCAAUGGAGGAAGCGAUGGCUGCUUAUAAAGAAGCAGGCGGAGAUCUGAACAAAGCCGCUGAGAUUUUGUCGGAUCUGGUGGAAAGCGGCGAUGAUCCGUCGACGAGUUCGGUGGCGAGUGGUUCUUCGGGUCAGGAGACCGCGUCUACCUCUGAGUAUGGGGCUGGUUCAAGUUCUAGCUGUAGCGAAGAUUUGACGAGAGAUAGAUGGUUUAAGGGAAGUAAGCAGAGUAGAGUUAUUGCUGCUACAGGAAUGGUUUCUUCUGUGAUUGCUAAGGAUUACUUGAAGCCAAACCCUGUGCGAAAAGAGUUUCCUAUGAUGGAAAGGUCUAAAGAGCUCUGUGGGAACGGGAAAAAAGCUGCGGAUAGAGAGAAAGCUGAACAGUUUCUGAAUUCAAUGCUUGGUGAUGAUUGCGAGCUUAGCAUGGCUGUUGUUAGAGAUGUUUUGUGUCAAUGUGGCUAUGAUGUCGACAUGGCUUUGAAUGUCUUGCUUGACAUGUCUUCUUCAUCAACUGAUGAUUCAUUGAGUGGUAAAUGUUUCGGCGUAGGCGCCAGCGGUAGUCUGGCAGAGACAUCUUUUGAUACUGAUACUUCUGAAAGUGAACUUUUCUGGGGUGCAGAUAGUCAAAGGGAUUACGCAAAAGCUCUCAUGAGUUCUGAAGAUCCUUUUGCAACUACCCAAGGAAUUGAUGAGCUUGGUCUUCCACAAAAAGUGUUGGAGUCUCUGUUCAACAUUCGCCAGAGUCCUAAACAUGAACCAAAGACAAUGAGUUGGAGGAAUGUGGCAAAGAAAAUGCAGUCACUUGGCAUUGAUGCUUCUUCAUCUAGUGGGGAAGAGCCUCAGCCUAAUACGUUUGUGAAGGACGACAGUUAUCAUGAACUUAGAAAAGGUGCAAAUGACCAGUGGAAUGUUACGAAGUCCUACUAUCAAAAAGCUGCCGAAGCAUAUUCAAAAGGAGGGAGGGCUCAUGCGGCUUACUUUUCUGACAAGGGGAGGGUGGCAUCUAAAUUAGCUCAACGGGCUGAUGAGAGGGCAAGCCAAGAUAUAUUCGUCGCAAGAAACAAAGGUAUAGAGAAUGUGGUAACCAUUGAUCUGCAUGGUCAGCAUGUUAAACCAGCAAUGAAGCUACUGAAGCUACAUCUCUUAUUUGGAUCAUAUGUUCCUUCCAUUCAGACACUACGAGUGAUCACAGGAUGUGGAGCUUCUGGGUUUGGGAAGUCUAAGGUGAAACAAUCAGUGAUAAAGCUGCUAGAAAGAGAAAAAGUUGGGUAUUGUGAAGAGAACAGAGGGACAUUGUUGAUCAAGCUUGACGGACGUAGUAGAGAGUUCAGUUUCUUAGACACAGAGAGUGACUCUGACUAAGUGAAAACUAAACUAAAGUCAGGUUUUAGCUGUAGAUCUUAAAGUUUAUAUCUGUUUGUCUAUAUCUGAUGCUAGCUCUGUUUGUUAAGUAAAUGUUGAGCAAAACUUAGAUUCCUUAAUUUUCCUUUCCGAAUUUCACGCUAUUUAAGUUAUGAAAACACUUUGUCUGACACAGACAGAAUGUAUAUUUUCCGUAAACUCUUUUUUAGGAGUUUGUUAAUAUAUAUGUUAUUGUGUC